CUCAUUGCUUCAAUAUUCAACAACGCAGUACGUUCAUAUUGGGGUAGAGAGCGAAGAUCAAGUCCAUAACUUCACGACUUUCAGUGAUGAACCUGCUACCAAUAUGCACAAGUUCAAUAUUCACUAUCGCUAUCACGGGGCUACUAGCGGCAAUUCUGGCAUUGUUGCUGCGCUCUACAGCGAAGGGCCGCUCUCGCAAGACACCGCCCGGACCACCAUCAUGGCCUCUACUCGGAAGAUUGAACUUCUCAUCUUACCGCUUUCCCUUGAAGGAAUCGGUUGAGUGGUCGAAAAAGUACGGCCCAGUUGUCUGCUUGAAACAAGGUUCCGUGGACAUCGUGAUACUGAGUGAUUAUGAGCAGAUUAAGGAAAUUUUCUCCAAGCCGGAACUGCUGGAUCGCCCAUCCAAUUGGGGACUCAGCUCCGCAGAAAAAGGUUUCUCCACUUUCAGUGGACAACAAUGGAAAGAAAACAGGGACUUCACCAUGCGAGCGUUGGCGAAGCUUGGAGUCGGAAGUGACAUCAUGCGGCAGCACAUACAGGUUUGGGGCAAUACAAUGAGAGCACUUCGUUAGUAGCUCAUAAGAAGACAAUUAUUUCAGGCGUUAGGAACAUGGCCGGCAACCAGUGCUGCAGAUAUAAUGCACAUUUCCGUAGUAAUAG